CCGCUGCCGCCGCCACAGCCGCCGCCGCCGCCGCCGCCGCCGCUUCCGUUGCCGCCAACUCUCGGCGGCAACCUGACGAGUCCGGCGGUCGGACUCGAAUCGGCCGACGGAGGUGGCGUCUGCGGAGGCAUCAGUCUCUGUGGCAGCACCGGCGGCAGCAGCAGCAGCCCACCGCCGAGCGGCGUCAGCAGCGGUCAGAUCUUCCCGUCUCCGGGGCCCACAGACAGUCUGCUCGCGGCCCGGUCGUCUCGUCUGCCCGCUGCUUCGGCCGGACUCGUGACCGAGUCUGGCGGGCCAGUCGAAGAUGCCGUCCGGCGUCAGCCGCCCGACACAUCGGCCCCGACGGAGGGGAAUGUCAAGACAACGGGUCUAUCGUCCGGCCAUCGGGCAUUCGCAGGGAAGAUGUUCCCCUCCACCAGCAUUGGCCUCGUCGGGCUGGGCAGCACCACGUUGCCCACGAAACUGGUACCUCCGGCGACCCGGCAACCGAGGGAGGGCAACUUGCCGGAAGAGGAUCCGGGGGAUUUUGUCUGA